GCGUGACGUUAUCAGUAACGUGACCGGGUGUGGGACUUCGACGCGACCAAUUCGUUCUUGUUCCAUUUCCCCUCAAGAAUUCGCUGUCUUGGUUGUGUAUCACCACUAAUCAAUCAGCUGAGGCGCAUAGUUUAACAGUUUCAUUAAAAGCUCAUUUGCACACCCACCCAACUUGGCAUACACUGGACAUAUUUUCUACAUUCCCCUUCAUCCUUUAGCGUCCCACUGCUUUCACAUGUCCUCACCACCACUUGAGCGCCGCUCCCGAAAUGCACCCAUCCUCAAUCCAUUCGAUCAAUUAGAUGCUGCGUCUUUUGACAGUUUUGUGACUGAUGUGGCAGCCGCAAUUCGGAAUGCAUUGAACCCUAGUUUUCCUCCGGCCCCUAUCGCCAAAUCUUCCCAUGUACAAGCUAUCGCUCCCAGUCUCGAUGUCGCUGGUAGUGGUGAGAGUGUCAACGGUAGACACUUGGUUAUGCUUGAUCCUUCCUCGAAUGUGACGCCUUCACCAGCUCCAUCUUCUGUCGUAGAUACAGAAGCGACGGAGGAGGACACUUUCAUCCGUCAAAAGUUUCAAUUUAAACAUACGACUUACAAUCUACCUCUUUCGUCGACCCGAAGCCAAGAGUUCUCCAACACCGGACUCCAACUUAAGGAUCUCAACCAAACCAAUGAUGCGAGUUCUAACUAUAGUCGUGCUUCUAAAACCGAAACUCCAAAACAGAGGUCAAGGUCGCCUUCUGUGAUUGACCUCGUUUCUGACUCCGAUGAUGAGGCCGAAUCUGCGAAACCUACACCUACAUCUGAAACUGUUCCUGUGCGCCAGUCCCCGUAUCAACGUGCAACCCCAGAAGGCUACGUUGGAGAUGCGGCUGCCGAGACGGAAGCUAAUGUAAGCUCCGAAGGGGAGUCGAUGAAGAGCGGGAGCGGGAAGGACGCCGUUUAUAGGCGACCUGAGCGAAGGCAACAGCCGCAAUGCGUUUGGUGAAGAGGACGAGGACGAAGAGGACAUCUAUGACACCUUUACCCGCCAGCUGUCUCGUCGGAAUGUUCGUGCUGAUAUUAAGGAACACGGAUAUGCGAGGGAUGAGGACGAGGAGGGAGUAGAGAAAGAAGAGGAAGAGGGCCUCCGUA